CAUCUUGGAGAAUAAGUCUUGCUAGCGCUUGCGCUGUUUGUUUUCGUUCGUCCAGAAACAAUGCGUGACUCUCCCUGUGACGGUCAAGCCACUGAGCAUCACGUGUAAUGCAGUUAUACAGUUUUUACCCACGCCCUCGGGGGCGUUUCGAUUGAAUUUUCGAGCGUCAACGCAAGUCAAUAUUCGUCAAACCAGCGGUCAGAACCCAUCGGUCUUCCUUUAGGAUUAAAAGUGAUCUGUGGCUCCGCACCUAUUAAACAAAAGCUUUCCCACUAGAAAUUAAAAUUUUUUCCCUCUCCUAUCGUGCUUCGAUCACCUUUAGAUGCGUUAUAUUGCAGCCUACCUACUCCUCCAACUCGGUGGAAACACCUCCCCAUCUGCCGCGGACAUCAAGAAAGUGCUUUCAGCUGUCGGAAUUGAGUCUGAAGAGGAACGCCUCGACAAACUCCUUUCAGAACUUUCCGGCAAGGACAUCAAUACCCUAAUCUCUGAGGGAUCGUCCAAGCUUUCCUCUGUUCCAUCUGGUGGAGGGGCUGCUGCCGCCAGUGCCGCCCCCGCUGCUGGUGGUGCUGCACCUGCUGCUGAGAAGGAGGAAGAGAAGAAGGAAGAGGAGAAGGAAGAGUCCGACGACGACAUGGGCUUCGGUCUCUUCGACUAAGCAGUAUUCUAUAUCGAUGUAUCAUCAUUGCGCUGUAUUCCGCUUUUCUGUCGCUUGCUGCUUUGUCGAAUAUAUUGAUACCAGUCAAAUUGGUUGCUCGAUGGUGUCUUCAAAAAAACCUUUCGAUGUAGCGAACGUGGAGAUCAUUCUCAACAGUUGUUUUCCACCGGCUCAUCUCAAAUCGGUUGCGCACAAGUAUGGGUCAAUCGAAUUGGUUGUUGGUGAAAGUUGUGAAUCGUAAUGUAAUGGGCUGCGCAACUACACUUUGAAACAGUUCCCCGCUGGUGUUUGUUUUACAAUGAAUUAUCUGCCUAACCGGCGUCUCCGUUGUCGAGGGGGUCGUUCAUAGGCAUCCAAGCCAUAACGCAUAAUUCCUUCCAUA